GAUGGCGGCCGAGGCAAUACAUCAAUAUUUCGAUGAAAUUUUAAAAAGAUUUGAAGGGAUACUUGCUAUAGUAGUCACAGACAGAGAUGGUGUUCCCGUUGUAAAAGUUGCCGAUUCAAGAGUUCCAGCAAGUGCGUUAAGGAGCAGUUUUUUAGCUAUAUUUGCCAAUGCAACUGAGCAAGCAAGUAAACUUGGACUAUCAAAAAACAAGAAAAUAAUAUGCUCGUUUCCCAAUUAUCAGGUUGUUCAUUUCAAUUACCUACCUCUUGUGGUUAGCAUUGUUGCUUCAAGUUCAGCAAAUACAGGAAUCAUUCUCAGUCUUGAACCAGAUUUUGAAAAUUUAGUGAAAGACUUGAGGAGUACAGUAGAUGGAGAGUAAAUUUUACUAGUGCAAAUCAAAAGCUCAAAUGUAUAAAUAAUAAGAGUUAAUUCAUAGAAAUAUAUACUGGUAUCCAUUGUUUACUUUAGAUAAAUUGUAAUAUUUUGGCCUUAAUAAAAUGUAAUAAAAUGACAGAGAAUGAUAUUAAUUGUA